AUGAAAACCCUAAGGAAGCUCUUGAAGGAUGGGACAACGAAUAUAAAAGAGAGCCUAACUAGGAACCGCAGCGCCCCGCAUGAGCCAUUACCGCCAGAUAGCAUAAUUCCGGUUGAUGCGAGCCCGCCUGUUUCCGGGUCCCUGGUAACAACCCCAAGUGCUUCGCCUCGUGGGCUGGCCACCGUGCCCAUUUGGGAGGUUUCGAACGCCUCUUCCAAUGCUACCAAUAUUCACGUUCCGCCCUCCAUCCCACAAGCGACCAGGUCUCCCGUCGAGGCCGACCCCGGAACCAAUGCCCCAAUUCGAUCCACAGAAACAAUGGAACAGGUCCCUCUUCGUCUCGUUAGCCGUCCCCAGAACAAGGCUGAAUCGGACGUCGACAUCAUUGCCAUCCAUGGCCUGGAUACGAAAUCGCCCGAUACAUGGAUCUGGAAGCCCCAAGGCCGCAAUGGAUCCAGAGACGGCAACAGUUCCCAUGUAUCCGAAGUCAACUGGCUGGCGGAUCAGGGGAUGCUGUCUGCAGUGGUGGGGCCGGCGCGAAUUCUCACCUGCGACUGGCCAGCCGGUCUUUUCGUAGACCAAGAUACAAUCCAGAUGACAAUCAAAGAGCUUGCCAGAGGCUUGCUGUUGAGUAUACAAUCUGAACGUCAUAAGAAAAAAGAUCGGCCGAUCCUGUUUAUCGCCUCAUGCCUCGGCGGUAUUAUCCUUAUCCAGGCCCUGGUUAUCGCCGCCAAGCAGAAUAGCGACUAUCAUUCUCUGUGGAGAGCGACUAGGGGCAUCGUUUUCCUUGCUACGCCGUUCAGAGGGACCGCGUUCCAGGAUAUCGCUGGAGUAGCGGUUACAUUUAUGGAACGCUGCGCAGCCCUCGCAGGACGAUCAGUAACAACUAAACUGCUGGAUAGCGUCAAGGAGUCGACGCAGUUUCUCGAGGAGCUCGUGGGGGAGUUCACGCACGAAUACCGGCAACGCGACACCUGCCAGAUGGCUAUAUUCUAUGAAAAAAAGAAGAGCAACCUUUUGCGAAAGGGGUUGCCUCCUUGGUUGGCGGACAGGCUCAAGGAACCAAAGCUAUUGGUUGAUAGUAGCUCUGCCCGUCUCGAUAUCGUCUUGGAUCCAGUUGCCCUUGACCGGACCCAUGUCCUCAUGAACAAAUUCUCGGGGUCUGACGAUCCGGGGUACAUUGCUGUUACCAGGAAGAUUGCAAUAAUCCUGCGUUAUAUUCGCACAAAUUCAGUGCUCGACGAAGCGGACGCCUGGAUACGCGACAAACACUACACUGAGGGCAGGCUCAAAAUUGAACGACUCUCGGGCGACCAGCUGCCAAUAGAUCAGUGCUAUAUCAAUCUCGCCAUUGUGGAGCAGCCCGGCCGCGAUGCAGCCCGCUCCGAGGAAGGACCAGAAAAAGGAGAUACACCGCUUCAGUCCUCCCCGUUUUCACUCCAUGCUCGACUGAAGACCGAGACACCGGACAAGAACAUUCAGGUCGAGCUGCCGACCCUCUUCAACCCACGCAAAGGUCGCCACGGCCAUGAGACAAAACCAAGAAGAAUCUUGAUCCGAGGACGAGCCGGAGUUGGGAAGACUACCUUGUGCAAAAAGAUUGUCCAUGAUUUUAUCCGCGGCACAUGGAACGACUUGUUCGACCGCAUACUCUGGGUGCCGUUGCGGAGGCUGAAGACUUGGAAACCCCUAGAAUGCGACCUUGCAGAGCUCUUUUACCACGAGUAUUUCAUCGAAUCCAGCAAGGGCCGGCUCCUCGCUGAAGAAUUAUGGCGUGCUAUCGAGGGUAGAAAACGUGGGAAAACCCUAUUUAUCCUCGAUGGUCUGGAUGAAGUAGCCCGGGACCUACACUCCGACGACAGCAUGUUCCGGCUUCUCACAACUCUUUUAAAUCAGCCCAACGUCAUCAUCACGUCUCGCCCAUACGGGUCGCUUCCGCCUGAUCUUCACCCUCUCGACCUCGAACUGGAAACGAUCGGGUUCUACCCAGAUCAAGUAAAAGAGUACAUCGAAAAGACGCUCGGCGAUCGACGGAAAGUCGUCGAGAUUCAGUCGUUUCUUCAACAUCGUUUGCUCGUUCAGGGUCUCGUGCGGAUCCCCAUUCAACUGGACGCGCUCUGCUUUACCUGGGAUGAAGGCUUCAGUCGCAACCCUAUGCUACAGACCAUGACGGCUAUAUACCAAGCCAUCGAGCAUCGGUUGUGGAAGAAGGAUGUCUUGCGAUUGGAGAAGAAAGAUAAUGGAGAGCCGGUGACCUAUUCUCAUAUCCAGGAUUCUGAUCCGUCCGAGAUCGAAGACAUCGUCAAGGAUGAGAUUUAUUUUCUUGAGGGCCUUGCCUUUACUGGACUGCAUAACGAUGUAAUAGACUUCGAGGCAAGGCAUCGGAGGGAUAUAGCUAGGAAUUAUAAACCCCUCGCGACGACUUUCUUAGUCGAUAAGACUCUCCCACGCCUCUCUUUCCUCCGAACGUCAGAUCCAUCCGCUGAACACAGCAGCCGAAGUUAUCACUUCUUACACUUGACAUUCCAAGAGUAUUUUGCGGCACGGUAUUUUGUACGGCAGUGGACAUCUGGGGGGCAGCUCACCUGUCUAAAACUAAGCAGUGGACAAGAGAGAGCCAUUGCUAAAGGCGUCCGAGAGACCAAUGCUGAAGAAUUCCUACGGAAGGAGAAAUACAACGCACGCUACGACAUUUUUUGGCGUUUCGUCGCCGGCUUGCUUCAAGCCAAUGGCGGUGAUGCGCAACUCUACCGCCUCUUCCGCACGAUCGAGGACCAGCCGCGCGACCUCUUGGGUCCAGUGCAUCAACGGCUGGUCAUGCACUGCCUGAGCGAAGUGGUUCCGUCGCAGGAGACCUCAAAUUUUAACAGGCUUCGAGAGCAUCUAGAAGGUCAAUUAAAGCAGUGGCUCUCGUUUGAAUGCAACUUUGAAUUCAACGGACGAGGACUUUCACAGUUAGCAGCCGAGAUGGAAUUCCCAGAACCAAUCCUGAAGGAUGUCUUACAGAAUGAAUCUGAGGACGUACAAAUGAAAAUUCUAGGCGCGCUGACGGCAAGACCAAAACUUUCACCAACCAUCAUGGGGUAUGCAGCUUCCUGUUUGGGAGACAACAUUUCAGGAAGCUUAAAGAAAGCAGCACUCACAGUAUUCGAGCGUCCUCGUGAAGAUUUGCCGGAGGCCGUCCUGCAAGGGCUCACGGCACUACUGAAAGAUCCCGACAGUCAUGUCCGGUGGCAGGCGGCAGCAGCCUUGGGUAAGCAGCCAGUACUGCCCGAAGCCAUCCUGCAAGGGCUCGCGGCACUGUUGAAAGAUCCUAAUAGUCAUGUCCGGUCUGCUGCAGCAGUAGCCUUAGGUUGGCAGUCAGCACUACCUGAGGCCAUCCUGCAAGGGCUUGCAGCACUAUUGAAAGAUCUUAAUGGGGUUGUCCGGUAUAGCGCAGCAGAGGCCUUAGGUCAGCAGCUGAUACUGCCUGAGGUCAUCCUGCAAGGACUUGUGGCACUAUUAAAAGAUCCCCAUAAGGGUAUCUGGUGGUGGGCAGCGCGGGCCUUAGGUAGGAAGCCAGCGCUGCCUGAGGCCAUCCUGCAAGAGCUUGUAGCAUUAUUAAAAGAUCCUAAUGGGGAUGUCCAGUCUGCAGCGGUGGCAGCCUUAGGUCAGCAGCCAGCACUACCAGAAGCUAUCCUGCAAGAGCUUGUAGUACUAUUGAAAGAUCCUAAUAGGGAUGUCCGGUCUUCAGUGGCAGUAGCCUUAGGUCGGCAGCCAGCACUGCCCGAGGCCAUCCUACAAGAGCUUGUCGUACUAUUAAAAGAUCCCGAUAAGGAUGUCCGGCAGGAGGUGGCGAGGGCCUUGGGUAGGCAGCCAGCGCUGCCUGAGGCCAUCCUAGAAGGGCUUGCAGUACGAUUGAAAGAUCCCAACUGGGAUAUCUGGUCUAUAGCAGAGGUGGCCUUAGGUUGGCAGCCAACGCUGCCUGAGGCUGUCCUGCAAGGGCUUGCAGCACUAUUAAAAGAUCCCAACUGUCAUAUCCAGUAUAGGAUAGCAGUAACAGAGGCCUUGGGUAAGCAGCCAGUACUGCCCGAAGCCAUCCUGGAAGGGCUCGCGGCACUGUUGAAAGAUCCUAAUAGUCAUGUCCGGUCGGCGGCAGCGGCAGCCUUAGGUCAACAGCCAGCGCUGCCCGAGGCUAUCCUCCUACAAGGCCUUGCGGCACUAUUGAAAGAUCCCGACAGGGAUGUGCGGUGGCGGGCGACGCGGGCGUUAGAGAAGCUUUUCGGAUCAUCUAACAUGUCAGAUACCCGAGGGGCUUUAGAAGGGCUCUCUGGCGAUGUGCAGUUUGGGUGGCAGCAGACGACCAUGUGUACCAAUAUCUGGUAUAACUAUUGA